CACAGUAGCCUAAACUUGGUUGCCUUUAUUAGGUAGCAAAAUUGUGGCUCAAGUUCCUCACAAUCUCAGCAAAGUAGCAGAGCGAAAGAGAGCGCAAAGGCGCGUCCGUCAAUGGCAGCUUUUGCUGCCUCCUCUUUUCUCUCCCCUGCUCCUUCACUCUCUUUUCGUCCAACCAACCCCCUAUCUCCCCCCACCCUUCGUUUCACCAGAAGUUUUUUACACGUCAAAACCCUAGUUUUCGCUUCUUCUUCAGGUGAAAUUAGGCCCUACGAAGGGGACUCACGCUCAAAGAAAUCGUUAUUGUUGAAGUUGAUUCAAGAGAUUGAGCCGUUGGAUGUGAGUGUUAUUCAGAAAGAUGUUCCGCCUACUACUGUGGACGCUAUGAAGAGGACUAUAUCUGGAAUGCUUGGAUUGCUACCUUCGGACCAGUUUCAAGUUUUGAUUGAAGCUUUGUGGAAGCCGCUUUCGAAGUUGUUGGUUUCUUCUUUGAUGACAGGGUAUACUUUAAGGAAUGCUGAAUACAGGCUGUGUCUGGAGAAGAACUUUGAUACCGACGAAGAUAAGCAUACAAUUGAAGAUUCUAAAUCACCAGUAUUAUUGAACAGUGAUAUAUUAAUAAAUACACCAGCUGGUCAAGAGGAUGAGUUGCAUAAGCCUACUGAAAACAGAUAUCAAAUUCCAGAUCUUGGUCAAAUGACCCCGGAAGUGCAACAAUAUAUUCUAGAACUGCAAUCCCGCUUGUCUUCUGUCAAAAAGGAGCUACAUGAAGUAAAAAGGAAGAACGCAGCCCUCCACAUGCAACAGUUUGUCGGGGAAGAAAAGAAUGAACUGCUGGACUACUUAAGAUCUUUACAACCGGAAAAGGUUGCUGAACUGUCGGAACCGACAUCUGCUGACCUGAAAGAAACAAUCAACUCCGUUGUUCAUGGUCUGCUUGCAACUCUGUCGCCUAAAGUGCACUCACAAGCUCCACUUAUAUCUGAAAACACCUCAAUAGGAGUCUCAAAUAAUGGAAGUGGAAGUAAUGAUGCGGUGGACAACACUUCGAUGCAGUUUCAGCCCCUCGUUUCUUUGAGUCGGGACUAUCUAGCGCGUUUACUGUUUUGGUGCAUGUUGUUGGGGCAUUACCUCAGAGGGCUGGAGUACCGGGUGGAACUUAUGGAUCUUUUAUCAUUGUCACAGAGUGACGGUUCUGAUGGUGGUAAUAUGAUGUAAAUUAAUGGCUAUAUAUACGCGUUUGAAUCUUGUUUUUGUAAUUGCAAGUGAGAUUGAUUUUAAUAUUUUAUGGUUCAGUAGAUUCAAGUUCAUUCAUAAUAA